AUGUUUCUUGGGAGUCUUGUUGUUUCAAGAUUUUUAAGUCUUGUCGCACAUUUUGUCGUUACUAUCAUAAUAUUUUUAUCCAAGGUUAGUGAAAAUUUUACUAGACACUUCAGCAACAUUUAUAAAAGUUAAGCUUAAUUAUCAUACGUACUGCUGUUCCGUAACUGAACUUAACGUUAUUCAUUCAGUCCUUUCAGACAUAGAUUUACAUUUUCUUACAUUUGUUUUACUGUACUAAUGAAGCUGAAACUAUAUCUUAGAUGCCCGACCGUUCUUUGUCUAAAGCAAAGCAUGUUGCUAGCACUUUCGUAUUAUUUUCUCAAUCAGCUUAUAUGUAUGCAAAAUAAAUGUGGGGGGCUGUGCGUAAAUCUUACCAGCUUUCACUUAUACUGUUUUCGUUGAUUUUUGUAGGAUGCCAACGUGAAAGCAUGCUUACCACUCCAGUAUACAGACAGUGAAUUUUCAUCUAAAGAUACCGAGUAUGUAUAUGAAAACAAUAUUCAAAAAUCUUUUUUGCUCCGUUUAAGCUGAUGUGUUUCAUGUUUUCAGUUUCAUCAGGAAGUUUUGAAAGCAAACUUAUCCAUGUAAAAAAAAAUUAAGUGUAUGUAACACUGUUGAACUAAUCUACUAAUGGCCACCUCUCCACAACCGCCACCUCUAUACAAUGGCCACUUUUUUUGCAGACAGUCCAUACAUUGAAUCUUGUGUAAACCUCUCCACAAUUGCCACUCUCUACAAUGGCCACUGUCUUCUGUCCCGAAGGUGGCCAUUGUAGAAAGGCUCAACUGUAUUAACUACAACAAACAAACAAAGACAACAAUUUUUUUUUUAUUAACAAACAAUAAAGUUUUACAGUAUUCUGUGUGCCCGCAAAUAGCUAUCAAGCUAAUCUAGGUGGGACAAAACAUUAGACAAAAGGCGUUAUUCCACUUCGAGAAUAUUGACUCAGAGAAGAAUUUGCAUUCUUCCAAGGGUCGUUUCAUUUUUAUUCAUACCCUACCCCCCAAACACACACCCACCCUCCCCCCACCCCCCCAUAUAUGAGUGUCCUCGGCAGAUAACUGGGAGAAAUCUAUUUUAAAAGAGGCCAAAAAAUUGAAACGGGGGAGUGGGGGUGGGGAGGGUGUUGGAAAGAUUUUUCAAAAGGUUGUGAGAAAGAGUUAAGGUGGUAGAAACCUGGGGUGAGAUUCAGAACAACAAUGGAAUAUCUUAAACAGGAGUUGAACCCGGAGACAUAUGUGACCUUCUACACUGUAGUUAUUAACUAGUCCAGAUGUUCUUCCACUGAGCUGUAGGAGACUUGUGGGAGCUAAGCCCAUAAACUAAGGUUCAUGGGACAAUUUUACAACUUUGUGAUAACAAUACUCAUUGUUUAGGUUGAUUGUUGGUUUGUCUCUUACUCUGGUGUUUCUGGGUGUGGAAUUUGGAGGAUUCUUAGGUGGUUGUUCUAUGUUCAGUGGCACAGCAAGUAUGUUUUGUAUCCUUUUAAACUGAUAGAAUUAUUUUUAUCUCAAUCUACUUGGAUAGAGCAAUGUCAAGUCUGCCCGGCGAGGGUACUUCCUAAGUAAUAAGCUAAUGGGGAUGUGCCGCUAGAUGGGGUCACAUUUUCACGGCUGGAUUGACUAUAAUAAUGGGAUUACUGACAUUUUCAAAAGAGUUUUUUGGGAUCUUGGGGUCCAGAAAAUUUUUAUCUCUAGGAAUUGGAAAAAAAAUGUUUGAAUUCAUUUUAUUAAGGUGACUGACCUACUGGUAACUAAAAGGCUUUUUAGUCCAAUGCAUACAGAGAAAGUUGCCAAGUAAAUUUGCCCAAAAGUGACUAAGUUGGGGUCUAUAUAAUUGGUCACUAAAAUAUAGACUAUAAUGGGCUAGGGGUUCUUAGAGGCCAGUGGUAUUAUAUGUUGUGGUUCAAUUUUAUCUUUGGUUUAAAUUUUCUUUUCUUUUGUUUCAAACUAAUUAUCGUACAUUACCAUACCCAAACACAAAAGAAAAUUAAAUUGAAACCAAGGAUAAAAUUGAACCACAAAAUAUACACAAAAAUGGGCUCAAGUGGUGUAGGUUUUGGGGAAGUACAGUUUUCCCUGUCCCAAGCCUUGUCUGAAUAGGGUAAUCAUCAUUUUAACAUUGUCAUCCUUCUUAUCUCUAACUAAUGCCAUACUGGAGAUUGAUUUGAAAACUCAUUUUUUUUACCUCAGUCUCUGGGCUGCAAUAGCUGUUUACUAUGUGUGUGUGUUUUUCCUCAUCUAUUUUCAAUAAUUCAUAUAGGUAAUGUGCAAGUGCAAAUCAAGUUUGUUUUUUUACGUGUUUAUUUGUUUAUUUAAUAUGUGCAUUUAUCAUGACCUUUCCUUGACAAGUAGCAGCAAUAGCAGCCCACUCCAGUGCUGCCAUUUCAUUGUCCAUGUUUGUUCUUGAAGAGUGGGAUUGUGACAAGUUCUGGUACGUUUUUGGAUUCUGUAGGUAAGUGCUUUUUACGUCACUUUGGAAAAGAUGUAAUGUUCUUCAGCUUCACAAACAAGACAUUGGCGAUUGCUCAUCUGCAGAGCAAACAAAGAAUCAAAGGAUUGCUUGGCAAAAACCAAAACAAGAAAUUUUAGUAAUAGAACACUGAACAAAAAAAAAUUGGCUUUUAAGUACCUGAUAAACUUAUAGAAUCAGAAUCCUUUUUUUCUGAUAUAGAAUUUCUUUUGUCUUCUAGUGUCAACCUUAUUUAGUGAUUGUUUUAGUGUGUAAAAAAUGCCCUAGCUUAGGUUUGAAAUAUCAACAAAUUUGGAGACAAGAAUGUCAAAACCAAACAGAGGACAGCUGUGUUUUUACUCAUGUGCAUGUAGCUGUCCCAUUUCAAUGUCAAGGAGCAGGAUUAGCACAGUGGUGUGCAGCCUUCUGUGCAGCAGGUUCUGAGUCUGAUUCCCAGUUGUUUACCUUAAAAUGCAAAUUUCUCUUAGUAUUUUAUGGUGAGUAGAAGGUCUACAUGAUUUGGCUUUGGCAUUCAAGUCCUAAUAGUUAUCAGCAUCAAUUUUCCCCUAACAAUAUGAAUACAUAAUCAAAGGAAAAGGUAAAGAGAAUUAACAAAAUAAUCAACAAGGGAAAAUGCUUUGGUCUUUUACAAUGCAUCAAAGUAAUUCUUUCAACCUGUUCUUUAAGGAAAUGUAUGGAGAACAGGCUGGAAGGUUUGUGUUUAGGUAAUAGCAGUUGAUACAGUAGUCAGAUCAGGUCAUAUCAGAGCUGCUCUGCUACUACAUGUAACCCAGUACAACCUGCCACCUGGUCAGGUAGUCGGUGACUAAAUGGACUCCCCCACCAGUUUUUAGCUGGUGAGGAGGGUGCAGGAUGAAAAACAAGACCUGUCAAAGUGUGGGUGAGCUCACAGUAAGUCAACAGCCAUCGUGCAAAUCUUGGCAAGGAGUCGCGACCCACCAAGGUGCAUCUAUCACAAUGUAUGGACAAUGGCUCGGCUGUGGCUGACUUAGUAGUAGAAGUGAUACACUAGUCACUAUUUUCUUAAAAUAUCCUUUUCAGUGCCUUUCCUGUUGUCAUGGAAACCUUUGUCCUGCUUGGUGUUCUUGUCUUCCGAGCUGACAGAUAG